AUGACUUCAAGUCAAAUUGCCACAAUGGAAGAUGGCAAGGAGACUGUCAGUAUUUUAAAUACUGAAGCUUUGGAUGAUACAAGCGAUGGAGACAUCGGUAAAGGAAAAAGCUAUUGGAAAAACAUGGAAAGCGUUUUAGCCGUACUUCGAUUAAGAAGAAGAACAUUAAUCAAUGAUGAAUCAAUUAUUCACCCAUUUUCAUAUUUAGAUUUAGCUUCCUUUAAGUUAAAUCAACAAGGGUAUCUGAUUGAAAGAAAAGUUUGGGUUAGGCCAAAAAGUUCUCAAUGGUUUAAUGAGAUUUUUACUCAAAUGGAGAAAUGUGAAUUUAAAGAGCAUUUUCGAGUAAAUCGUAACACAUUUAAUUUCCUAGUUAAUGAAUUGCAUCCACAUUUAGGCAAAACUACCACAACUAUGCGAGAACCAAUUUCAGUAGUAAAACGUGUUGCAGUUGCAUUACAUUAUCUAGCUUCAUGUGAAGAGUAUCGUGUUGUGUCUAGCCUUUUUGGCAUAGGAAAGUCAACAGCAAUUUUAAUUGUUCAUGAAUUUAUUAAUGCUGUUAAUGACAUUUUGCUCCCUAUAUAUGUUAAAUUUCCAUUGUCAGUGGAAAAUUUAAAUAAACAUAGUAGAGAUUUCGAAGCUAUUCUUGGUUUUCCACAAUGCGUUGGAGCUGUUGAUGGAUGCCACAUCCCUAUUUCAGCCCCUAAAGAUCAAGCGACUUCUUAUUAUAAUUAUAAAGGGUGGUAUUCCAUUGUACUUUUUGCCGUUGUCGACAGUCGAUACCGUUUCAUUUAUACAAGUGUUGGAUCGCCUGGUAGAAAUAAUGACAGCUAUAUUUUGCAGAAUUCUUCUUUGAAAGAAAUUUUAGAAUCAAAUCUAUUUGAUAAAUGUUGUAAAGAGCUGGGCGAUUCUCUUGUUCCACUAUGUUUAAUAGGUGAUUCAGCAUUUCCUUUAACGCGUCAUUUGUUAAAACCUUAUCCUGAAAAUUUGGAGCUUAGUGAAAUUCAAAAAAAUUUCAACAAAAUACUUUGCGGAGCUAGAAGAGUAGUUGAGAAUGCCUUUGGGCGCGUUAAAGCUCGAUUCCGUGUAAUUUGCAAACGUAUGGAAUGCGAUAUUAACUUUGCUACAAGAAUUUUUAAUGCUUGCGUCACUCUUCACGACAUUUGUGAAUAUUAUGACGAUAUUAUUAUAAUAGAAUGGCUUCUGCAUCAUCAUGAUGACAGUCUAGCUCAACCCAAUACAGUUUCUACAACUGGGAAUAAUGGACCAGGAUAA